UCAGUGGCUUCUCUUAUGUCUUCUUGCUACUGCCUUGCCUCCGGUCUCUGCCUCGGCGCUGCACUUAUUUCAACUGGGACGUAGGCCGGACAGCUGUUUUUGAAUUGCUCUUCGGCUCCUAUUCCUCUCUGAAACGCUGUGGCGGUGUUGCUGAAUGCUCUGAAAACCCCGCCCAUUGGAACUUCAGCUGUCAUUCAAAUACGUGCCUUCAUGCUUAAGCUGGGAGAGGAGAAUUCCCAGCAAUGCACACUGCACGUUCUCACCGGCCGCACAGAGGCACUAUGUGGCAACCAGGCAAAGACACAUAUGGGCCCACUGGUGAAUGGAGCUGUGGACAUAAAUCACAGGCCUUCAAGGAUGGCCCAAACAGACAGCAAAGUCCUGAUUCUGGGCGCAUUGGCUGGAGUGGCUGGCAUUGGCUUGGCUGUGGCAUGUUACCAGGGCUAUAAGAUGAGACGGAGAGCCUCAUUGCCAGCGCGUUACCUAUGCACUAAUAAUGAACUUAGACUGGGCAUGACGUUAAUGAAUAGUCCCGGUCUACCUGGGGACCAGAUUGAGGUGUUGGACCGCCUUGAGGCCCUACUUCAAUGUGUGUCAGAGCUGAAGGAUGAGAUGAAAGCAUUGAAGAAUGCCUUGCCGAUGCGGCAUGGUCAAGUUGGCGAAGAGCUUGCGGGAGGUGAUAGGACAGAGGCACAUCGAGCUGCUUCUCUCCAUAGGACCACACCAACACGGAGGAAAAGGGCUGGAGGCAGCAUCGCUGGGGCCAUACCAGGGGGGCGAAGCUCUGAAGAAGCGGAGAGUGAGGGAGGGUAUAUAACUGCACUGACUGACUCAGAUGAAGAGGAACAAAGCGAUGAUGAACAGUGGGAUGAAAGGCAGGAGACAAGAGACAAGUUAACUUGCUUACUUGAGAGGAUCGACUCUUUGCAUCAGGGCACAGACUCUGACAAAAGAGAAAGUCUGCACAUCUUAACAACACUACGAGAGGAGUUUGGACAGAACUCAACAUUUCUUUGGCGUCUAAUCAGAGCAUAUUGUGACGUUCAUGACAUCAGCACCACGCUUGAAGAAAAGAAGAAUCAUGCAGAAACUGGAAAGAAGGUUGGUGAGGAUGCAGUGGCGCUGAAUCCUACAUGUGCUGAAAGUCACCAGUGGUAUGCCAUCAUGUGUGGAAUUAUGGCCGAAUAUGACACAGUGCAGAACAAGAUCAAGAAUGGCUACAUUUUUAAGGAUCAUCUGGAUAAAGCCAUCGAACUGAAGCCUCAAGACCCCCUGUCCUACUACCUGCUGGGACGCUGGUGCUAUGCUGUAGCCCAGUUAUCUUGGCUUGAGAGGAAAGUUGCUGCUGCAUUGUUUGGAGAACCUCCCAGCGCCACAGUUGAAGAUGCACUGAAGAAUUUUCUCAAGGUUGAAGACAUCCAUCCAGGAUAUUCCAAACUCAAUUAUGUUUUCCUUGCUAAGUGUUACAGAGACGUAGGGUAUAGGAAGAAGGCGAGGGAGAUGUGUGAAGCGGCUGCGUCAAUGCAGUCGGUUUCAAAAGAGGAUGAAGAAGCACAGAAGGAGCUGGACCUUCUCUGCCCCGAACUUGGAGUGUUAGACCCUGAAGACCAACUGGAUCUGUAGCUUCUACUGCUGUAGACAACGUGUGUAUGCAAUGAGUGCACUGAGACCAUUAGAGUUCUCUCAGUGAGAGGCAAGUUUGUUGAGUUGCGUCAUCACUGGGAGCAAAUUGAGUGAGUCAGUGUUCAACUGAAGAGGAACAUGAUGAUCUGCAGGAAUAUAGUCAGUUUAUUGUUAUGGUUUGCGUGGCUGGGCCCUUGUUGGAUACCUGCGGUCAUCACUAUAUUUCACAUAAUAAUUAACUCCUUCACAGUGUGGAACUUGUUGCUACUAACUGUUCCGUCCUGUUUGUGAACAUCAACAACAACAAAAGGAGCAAUUACAUAACCAAAACAGUCGGUGACUACUUCUUGUCCUGUCCUUGCUGAUACCUGGCUCUCUUUUCCUGCACCCUGCUCUUUGCGCCUAUCUGACUAAGGGUCAUAUUCUCCUCUUCAUGUGUCUUUUUUUUUUUCUUAAGCUCCUGACUUGCACACCUUCCAGGUACGCGCAUUCUCCUGUAAUGACUUCUGGCCCACCCACCGAGAGUAAGCAGCUCAUGUGUACACAACCACUAAAGAGGUGUGAAUCAUUGAAGUCUGAGCCUGGCUGUGUGGAGUUUUCCUGAGACAUUUGGAAAAUAUCAUAUUAUAUAUUAUAGAAUAUAUUGUCUUAGUAGUAUUGGCAAAAGUGUUCGGUAGGGCUCCACGUUUAUGGCCAAAAUAAUAAUCACGAUAAUUUUGAUCAGUAUUAUCAUCACGAUUAUUAAUUAUGAUUAUUCCUCAUGUUAGGGAAAAGUCUUAAUUUUUAUUGCACUACUUUUCAACAUAUAAUAUGUUUGUUUUCAGUGAAAAAUUAAUCUGUAAAUAAGAAUAAAUGAUAGAUAAUAAUAAAAAAUAAAUGUACCCCAAAGUGUUCUACUUUACCAAGGGGUAACUGAAUAAAUAUGCUAUUUACAAAGUGCAAUCACGAAUUACAAAUUGAAAAAUCCCCGUCGUCAAUAUCCGGAAUUUUCAAGGACAGUUGUGAUUUCCCCUCUAUAUUUACUUCUGCCGUUUUGUCAUUGCGGUCUGGCCAGCCGAAAAGUUGAAGUCAUGCAGCUGCUACAGUGGUUGUUAUUAGUGUCUUGCCUUGACACGUUGCCUCUCUGCCAACAUGCUGAGAGGGCCAACUUCAAAAUAAAAGUUUAAUAUUUUACAACAUUGGACAUCAAUGCCAUUUUAGGCUUUUAUUUUGAAUUUGCCCUCGGAGGGCGGUGCCAGCGCUUCAUGAAGCCUUAACCAUAUGUUCGCCCCCUGGUGGCUGGCUGACUAGGUUGUGGGUAUUGCUGCAAAUGAACCACUUUUCAUGUGCAGCAGUGCCCGCUUUUUAUAUGUAAAAAAUCGUCUGUGCACCAGUGCACAAAGCAAGGUCCGUGAAGGCAUGGAUGAGAGAAUGUGGUAUGGAUGAAUUUGACUGGCCUGCACAGAGUCCUGCCUUCAACCUGAUGGAACACCUUUGGGUUGAUUUCGAGCAGACAGUGAGCCAGGCCUUCUUGUCGAACAGCAGUGUGACCUGACAAAUAUGUUCCUGGAAGAAUAGGCAAAAAUUCCCAUAAAAUCACUCCUAAACCUUGUUGAAAGGUUUCCAAAAAGAGUUGAAGCUGUUAUAGCUGCAAAGGCUGGACCAACAUCAUAUUAAAUCAAAUGGAUUUAGAAUGGGAUAUCACUUAAAAUCAUAUGUAAGUCAAGGCAGGUGAAUGAAUACUUUUGGCAAUAUAGUGUAUAUCACACUUUAAAUGUGAAAUUAACUUCCGUCACGGAUACGGAAGUUAAUCCUCACCAGUGAUACGUGCACCGCUCCAACAUACUUUGUUGGAUAGCAUGUGUUUUUCUCUGUAUAAAAUAAAUCCAAUAAAAGUAACUUAAGUAGAAUGCUGUGCUUAUGACUGAACGCAUGUUUGGAGGUCCAUCAUAGGAAAGUGGGUGAGCCAGCUGUUUUUUUUCAGCAGUGCCCUGCAACCAGCUUGUGCCACAGACCGUCACUUAAGCGUAUUUUACGACCGUAAUAGCUGAAAUAACAAAUUAUUCAAAAUCUAACCCACCAUCGCGGCAUUACGAUGAUUGCAGUUGAUGUGAGCGGAACUUCCAGAUAAACUCCAAGCCGCACCAGCAGAAGCUCAAAUGUUCCUUGCCUGUGACAAGAGUUCCAUGCAUGGUGCGAAAAUCUUACACCAGUUGAUAUAGUAUGUCGACGUUGACCCGUCUGCCUAAUGUGGUAGGGACACAUUACGGCCAUUGUGCAGUCGGUGAGUGUAUAUGGGCCAGGUGUUUCUCACACCGUCAGCACAAGUCGCAACUCAGCACGAGGGCUGUCGGAGCAGUUAACUGAAUCAAAACGUGCUGUAUGAUUUUGCACCUUCAUGGGGCACUAGACCUACAACAGCCUCUGAAGUGUGGAAGAGGAAAUGUGCCUAAGUCCGCAGGAGAAUGCGCGAAGGGCCUGAUUUUACACAGAACGCCCUCAAAUCAGGUUUGUUCCACCCAAGAGUGCGUAGCUGGCAGGAGGGUGCAGUCCAGAUUUUAGUUGAUGGGAGUGCUCGCGCAGCCAGAAAACCGCGCAGCUGCAUGCCUUUUCUGACUUACGUGCCCGGGAGAAUAUGGCCCUUAAUGAAUUAACCCCAACAUGUAAUGAUCACAAGGUGUUGUUUUAUGAACAGUAAUGAGACCUAUUGAUUGACAUUGUUGAUGCUGAAAUGUAUUCAGAAUGAAAUGGACGGCAUUCAUCAUUGACUUUCUCGCCAAUGACACACUUCCUGUGAUUCAGUUCCUGUGAUGGCAUGUAGUUCCUCUCGCUACCAUUUAUCAAGUGAAUACAACCUCUGUGCACACUUAAAAGCUAUUCCUCAUGGGCAGAAGAGAACCUACAGUAGAUAUAAAAAAAAAAUCUACACACCUGUUCAACUGCCAGAUUUUUCUGAUGAAAAAUUAGACCAAGAAACAAAUGUUUUGAAACAUUGAAACAACACCUUUUCCACCAUUAAUUUGAUGUAUAACCUGUACAGCAAUUUUUUUUUUUUAAUUAAUGGAUGGAUUCAUCUUUUAGAGAAGAGAAGUAAAAAUAUACUGAGACAAUGUGGUUGCACAAGUUUGCACGCCCUCUUAUAACCGGGUAUGUGGCUGUUUUCAGAAUUAACCAAUCACAUUCAAACUCAAUGUAAAAUGGGCGUCAGAACACAUUCCACCAUUUUAAGUGCCUCCAAUUAACCAUGUUAGGCUUUUCUUGACUUUUUUUAAGAACAACAUACCUACAGUCAGUGGCAGUGGCAGCAUAGGGUAUUGGGGUUCUUUUUCUCUUGCUGAAACUGGGGCCUUAGUCAAUGUUGAGGGAUUUAUGAACAGUUCCAAAUAGCUGUCUUCUGCUAGAAGAAGAAAAAAAGUCUGGAAAAGCCUUGUAGAACAGCUGGAAUUUAAUUUAGGUUAAUCAGAGGCCCUUCAAAUGGUGUUAGGUGCUGACACCUCCUGUUUAACAUGAGUUUGAAUGUGAUUGGUAACGAAACACAGCCAUAACCCGAGUUAUAACAGGGUUUGCAACCGCAUUUUCUAUUAUUUGUUGAAAUACUUAAGACCUGUAUUUUGGCUAUUUAGACCUUCAUAGUGUCUCUCUAACAUGGACUUUGUAUAAAAGUGUCAAUUUCAUUGUCAUACAAGUGUCCAGAAAAGGCCCCUCUGACAGCUGCUUCUGUUUGACCCAGUUUUGUAUCCGCUUUCUCUACACUUGGUUAAGACCACGCCCUUUCUUCUGAUUGGUUGCCUCUGUGUAGAAGACCCACUUGUGUGAGCACACGUGUUUCUUAUGUUGACAGCGCUGGCUCGGAGCAGAAAGGAAAGGCGCAGAUCUUCGCUAGUGAUGUAGAUUAGCUUGAGAAAUUCUAAUUACCUGAGUUCAGGCCUACCAACACAAAAAUAUCUGGUACUUAGAAUGUGUGGACGAUUUUAAUUCAUAUUUCAUGUUUACUGAGGAACAAUUCAGACAAUAUUACUUCCCAAAUACUAGAAAAGGUUGGUUUGGCAAAAUAUGAAAUGCUUAAUUUUUUGGACCCUGACUGUGAUGACACGUUAUGCUAUAUGAAACACAAGGUAAGACCGGAUGGCUCGUUGAAAAGAAAAAGGGCUCCCACUAAUUACAACAACUGCAGUGCCGUGAAAAAAGUAUUGCCCCCCUCCUCAAAUUCUUAUAUUUUUGCAUCGUUUCCACACUUUAAUGUUUAAGAUCAUCAAACAAAUGUAAAUAUCAGACAAAUGUACUUAAAACUUAAAAUGCUGUUUUUAAAUGAUUUCAUUUCAUUAUUAAGGUGGGGGGGGGGGGGGGGGGCUAUUCAAUGUUACCUGCCCCUGAGUUAAAAAUGGCCCCCUAAACCUAAUAACUGGUUGGGCCAUCCUCAGCAGCAACAACUGAAAUCAAGUGUUUUCUAUAACUUGCAACGAGUUUUUCAAAUCUUUCUGAACCUAUUUUGUCCUACUCUUCCUUGCAAUUGUUUGAAUUCAGCAAAAAUUGAGGGUUUUCGAACACAAACGAACAUCUCUUUGAAGGUGCCACUGCAUUUCACUCGGAUUCAAGUUUGGACUUUGACUCGGCCACUCCAAAACCUUCAUGUUGUGUUAUUAAGUCAUUCAGACAUUGAUUUGCUGCUGUGUUUUGGACCGUUACCCUGCUGCAGAACCCAAGUGCGCUUCAGCUUGAGGUCACAAACUGAUGGCGGAACAGUGUCCUUCAGGAAUGUCUGUUAAAUACCAUAAUUCAUGGUUGCAACAAUCACAACAAGUUGUCCAGGUCAUGAAGGAGCAAGAAGCCCAAGACCAUCACACGGCCACCACCAUAUUUGACUGUUGGUAGGAUGUUCUUUUUCUGAAAUGCUGUGCUACAUUUACACCAGAUGUAACUUUUUGGCCAGCAGUGGUUUUCGCCAUGGAACUCUGCCACGGAUGCCAUUUUUGCCCAGUCUCUUCCUUAUUGUGUCAUUAACACUGAGUUUAACUGAGGCAAGGGAGGCCUGUAGUUCUAUAGUUGUCCUGAGUUCCUUUGUGGCCUCCUGGAUGAAUCAUUGCUGUUCUCUUGGGGUAAUCUUUGUAGGCCGGCCACUCCUGGGAAGGUUCACCACUGUUCCAUGUUUUCUCCAUGUGAGGAUAAUGGCUCUCCUAUGGUUGGCUGGAAUCCUAAAGCUUUAGAAAUAACUUGAAACCCUUUCCAGACUGUUAGAUGUCAAUUACUUUAUUUCUUGGCUGUUCUGGAACUUCUUUGGAUCGUGUCAUUUUAUUGCAGCUUUUUUAGAUCUUUAGUCCAUCAUGAUUUUGUCGGGACAGAUUCUGUUUAAGUGAUUUGAACAGUUCUGGAGGUAAUCAGGCUUGGGUGUAAACAGUGAAAAUUAACCAAAAAUUGUGAGUAGCCACAAUUAAGUCAUGAUUCAACAAGGGGGGUAAUUACUUUUCCAAACAGGAACAGGUAACUGAAUAGUUUUGUUGUUUGUUUUUCAUUAAUAAAUGAAAUCAUUUAAAACCAGCAUUUUAAGUUUACUUGGGUUAUAUUUGUCUGAUAUUUACAUUUGUUUGGUGAUCUUAAAGUGGGGAAACUUUGUAAAAAUAUAAUUUGAGAAGGGGGCCAUUACUUUCUCACACCACUGUACAUUCAUGUUGAGUUGUAUUUGUAAUAAUUUGUUUUUAUUUAUUUCCAUGCCGUUCAAACAACAAACUGCUUUACUGUGCUGAAAAAUAUCAAUGAUGCCAUCAAUUAAUUGACUUUGAUUCUACUUUCGUCACAUUAUAGUUAAGUACAAAAAAUCUGAAGUCAUUCAACCCCUGCAACAGCGGUGUGUAGAUUUUUUUUAUAUCCCCUGUAUAUUUAAGCACAGACAUGAAUUAACACUUUACAUUUUUAAUUUAUAUUUUUAAGUUGGAAUUGCUCAAAUAUUUUAGAGACUGGUUCAACAAAGAAUAUUGACGAGAAAAAAAAAACUUUUAAGCACUCAAUGAAAUACAACAUUGUCUCAAUUAAACCCUCUUUUUUGUUUAUGUAUUUAUUUAAUCCAGACAUAAACAGUAAUUCACAAAGUGGUUUUAAAUGUGUUUUUAUGACUUGUGCGGUUAAAUAGAGCCAUUUAGGAGCAGGUUUUGUAAUAUUUUGUGGAUGUAGCAGAAAGUUUGAAUAUGUGAAAAUACUGAAUGUAAUUUUGGUGAAUAAUAUUAAAUUAUAAUGGUUGGGGAUUUGAUUUUACCACUUGUAUACAUUCCUUAUUGCUUUAAAAGCGCUACGCGAAAUGUAGACCUGAUGUAGGUUUGACAAGUAUGUAUUUUUCAUUCUUCAUUUUUAAAUCAUUUUACAUCUGAUUUUAUGGGAAAAAAAUUAUUUCUCACUUAUUUCUCACUUUACACAAGUACAGUCCCCUCCAAAAGUUUUGUAAUGGCAAGGUCAAUUCCUUUGUUUUUGUUGUAUACUGAAGACAUUUUGGUUUUAGAUCAAAGGAUGAAGGUGAGACAAAAGUGCAGAAUUGCAGCAUUUAUUUUGUGGUAUUUAUAUCGAGAUGUUCUGGACUGAUGAGACCAAGAUGAACUUCUACCAAAGUGAUGGAAAGGACAAAGUAUGGAGAAAGAAAGGAUCUGCUUACCAUCCCAAACACACAAGCUCAUCUAUGAAGCAUGGUGGAGGUAAUGUCAGCUUGCAUGGCUGCUUCUGGAACGGGCUCACUAGUCUUUAUUGAUGAUGUAACUCAUGAAGGUAGCAGCAGAAUGAAUUCUGAAGUCGACAAAACCAUUUUGUCUAGCAUUUUACAGAAAAAUGCAUCCUAACUAAUCGGGAGAAGCUUCAACAGGCAACAAGACAAUGACCCAAAACGCACUGCCAACACAACAAAGGACUUCAUCGGGGGGAAAAGUGGAAGGUCUUAGACUGUCCAAGUCAACCACCGCACCUUAACCCAAUAGAGCAUGCAUUCUACCUCCUGAAGAGGAGACUGAAGGGAGAACCCCCCAGAGACAAGAACUGAAAGAGGCUGCAGUAAAGGCCUGGAAAGCAUUUUAAAUGUAGAAUGCAACAGUAUGGUGAUGUCAAUAGGUCGCAGGCUUGAUGCAGUUAUUGCGAGCAACGGUUAUGCCACCAAAUAUUAAAUGUUAUUCACUUUAAGUCAAUUUAAUAAUGUCCGUUCCAAGACUUUGGCUCACUCGAAAAGUGGGCUGCUUCAAACAAAAAGGUGCUCUGUCCUGAGUUGUUUAACACAUCCCGAUGUAAAUACAAUGAAAUAGAAGCUGGAAUUCUGAAGUUUUGUCUCACAUUCAUCUUUUGAUCUGAAACCCAAAUGUUUUCAGUAUACAAGAAAAACGUAAGGAAUAAAUCUUGCCGCUCCAAUGCUUUUGGAGGGGACUGUAUACUGGCAAGGUGAUGUGGCAUGUAUGUGAUUUUGUUCUGUUGAACGCCAAAGCAAUUCUGAUGGUUGUUAAGGUUAUAAAGAUGCAGAUACCCUGCAUGGAGGCUAUACUGUACCCCUCAUUGACUUGUGUGUAAUGAAUCAUGGAUGGUACUAGAAUCAAUAUUAAAUCUGCAAAACAGA